AUGAGAUCUUCACAAGAAGGUAGUUCUUCUUCUUCUUCUUCUUCUUCCCAUGGAGUUCAGCAGCAGAAGAAGAGGUUAAAGGGUAUUCGCCGCAGGAAAUGGGGGAAAUGGGUAUCAGAAAUUCGAGUCCCCGGCACAAGAGACAGGCUUUGGUUAGGUUCAUACUCCAACCCAGAAGCCGCCGCAAUUGCCUAUGAUACUGCAAUGUUCUGUCUAAGAGGUCCUUCAUCAGUAACUCAUCUCAACUUCCCUAUGUGUGUUCCCGACUUCCUUGAGAUCAACAUGUCUCCAAAGUCUAUACAGAUAGCAGCAUCUAAUGCUGCCAUGGCUAUUGAUUACGAGCUUACAAAAAUGGCGGCGCCGGAGGGUGUCAUUGACAACGAUAACACUGUAAAAGAAGGUGCAAUACAAGUUCUGGAAACCCAAAUUUUUGAAGACGGGGACCAAUGA